AUGACCUACCUGGCCCCACUGCCGACGUUCUACCGGAUCUACAGGAGCAAGUCGACGCAGGGGUUCCAGUCGGUCCCGUACGUGGUGGCGCUCUUCAGCGCGAUGCUGUGGAUCUACUACGCGCUCCUCAAGUCCGACGAGCUCCUGCUCAUCACCAUAAACUCUGCCGGCUGCGUCAUCGAAACCAUCUACAUCGUCAUGUACCUCGCUUACGCGCCAAAGCAAGCCAAGCUCUUCACGGCGAAGAUCCUCCUCCUCCUGAACGUGGGUGUGUUCGGCCUCAUCCUACUUCUCACGCUGCUGCUAGCGGGGGGCGAAAAGCGCGUAAUCAUGCUUGGGUGGGUCUGCGUCGGCUUCUCCGUCAGCGUCUUCGUCGCGCCCCUCAGCGUCAUCCGUCUUGUGGUGCGCACCCGGAGCGUCGAGUUCAUGCCUUUUUCACUCUCCCUCUCUCUCACCGUCAGCGCCGUCGUCUGGUUCCUCUACGGCCUCCUCAUCAAGGACAAAUAUGUUGCCCUUCCCAACAUCCUCGGGUUUGCCUUCGGGGUGAUCCAGAUGGGGCUCUACGCUCUCUACUGCAACGCCACGCCCAGGCCGGCGCCAAAGGAGGUGGAUGCACCCAUGCCAGAGCACGUCAUCAACGUCGCUAAGCUCGGCCCGGCAGCUGCCAUGGAGCUCAACACACCAGCUGCCGUCCGGCCAGCAACGACGGAGAACAUCGUGGCUUGUGCCAGCGGCGAGACCAAAGAGAUCAGCGUCGAGAAGAUUUACAUUUUUUUUUUGGUUGAAGCUGGCAUGCUGCUGUGGCAGUGGACGGCGCUUGGAAUCCAAAUCUGCUCUGCUGCUAAAUCAUCACUGUGGAGAGCUCUUGCACAUGGUCCGGAUUUGAUCCAUCAGAUUCUCUUCGAGCUAAAGAACACUCAGGAGCUGAUAUAUCUCCUUCCAGAGCCGGUUAACAGCACAAACCCCCCAUCUAACAACUACACAAGAUCGAUCACUCCAAAUUUGCCAAUGAGGCCGAGGGAUCAUAUGUGGAAGAAACCUUCCUAUGGCAUGGUGAAAGUUAACGUUGAUGCAGCUUUUCAUGCAGACACACUCUCGGGAGCAAGUGGAGCUGUUGUUCGAGAUGACAAGGUAGAUUUUAUUGCUGCGGCUUCUUGGUUUAUACCGCAUGUUUGGGAUGUUGAUUCGGCUGAGCUCAUGGCAAUACGGAAUGGUAUUUAUCUUCUGUCAAGUAUUGGAUGCACUAAAAUAGAGGUAGAAUCAGACUGCUUGUUUGCGGUGGAGACACUUCAGAGCAUGGAUGAUUAUAUGAGGCCUGACGGUGCUGUGGUAGCGGAGUGCAAGCAAUUGUCCAUCGACUUUAACAAACUUUCCUUUAAACAUUGCUACAGAGAAGCGAACCGGGUAGCAGAUGAGUUAGGAAAACAUUGCUUUAGUAUAAGAGUUCCUGGUUCUUGGGAUGAUAUAAUCCCGGACUUUAUUUCUCAUCUCCUUGUAAACGAUAUGAGCAUUAUUUGA